GCUCAAAAUAAGAAGUUCGCAAAUAUGUGAUACCCAUCUCGUCUAAGGUGGUAAGGUCAAGUUGGAACAAGAUCGUGAAGAUAGAGAUACUUUGACUGUACUCGUAUGCACUUUUGGUUUUGGUCCGGAUCAUUGUAAUGCGACAAAAUCCCUCCGGAUCAGGUGGUUUCGUACGAUCGCCAUUUUGCCGAUGUAGUGAAUCCGAGCCCAGCCUCGGCAGAUGGAAGAUCGAACGUAUGAAUUGACUAACUAAUGUGCAGAGACAGUCGGGCUUGCAUUUCUAUUGCUAUUCAACCACACAAUGAAGAACCGAACGCGAUCGCGAAUCUGAACAAUCCAGGGGUGUGGCACACAUUUCGAUUCAUUUUGUUGUCCUUAGCAAGAUUUGCAGGUAGUCAACAUUAAUUCCAGUUGGACCUUUUCCUUUUCGUUUUCGAUUUCGCUCUUUUUGUUUUUGAAAGAAAAAAUAUAUAUAAAGCUACUUCUUCAAAGCCCGAUCACUUAGUUGUGCCACGCCAGCUCGCUGUAAGAGUAGGACUCCACGCAAGAAAAUGACAAUGGCAUCACAUACGACGCGAACGAUGAAAGCAAGCCCGUGCAACUCUCUCCCACAACCGGGUGAUCUUGGGCUUCUAGUGCGGUCUCAGGGCAACACGGUGGAUCUGAUGCGGCUAGAGGUACAAAUUUUGACGACUGCGGCAUCAGUGGUCGAGCGAUCGUGCGGCUUUCAUACUGUUUCCAGAACGACUGCAGCUGCACAUCACCCACUUGCGACGAGAUUGACAGUAUGUCCAGAGCCUGGAUUAGCUUACCCCAGCAGACACACUGGGAAACUAAGUACACGAAAAGAUGAAGUCGUUGUCGACGCGCUCGUAUCAACUGCAAAUCUGUCUAGUUCGGGUUAAGUUCUGCACAGUAAAUAUGUAGUUGAUGUUUUGCUGAGAAAGGUCAAAAAGAGCACCUCACCAAGCCUCGUGUCUCUCAGAAAAUUAUGUUGAUGCGAUAGCAUCGUAUUCGUACUACUUCUAUCGUGGAUGGUUCAUCAUCCACACAUGCAACUUUCCAGGCCCAGACUGCAUAUUUGCAAUUGAUAGCGUGGGGGGUGCCUCAAGCGGUAUAUAAAAGUGCUUCUGUCCGCGGCCGGUCCGGCGGAGUUGGUGCAGCAACUGGUGCGAGUAUCAUAUUGACAAUGCCCCCCCACAAGACCUCCGAUCGAUCCUCUGUUUGUAUUGCAAGAAAGCUCUCCGCCGCGGUCAAUGGAGCAUACAAUUGAAACGCUCCACCUGGCGCUCGGUCGAGAAGCUAGUGACCCAUUUAAAGAGAAAACCGAGUUUGUAUGGAGUGACUGGUGUCGCGACGAAGGCGAGCGUUCUGAUCUGGGGGUUUCUUCAACACCUUCACCUAGACAGCAAAGCGGCUCUCAUUUUGUAUUCGUACUCCGCCGCAGGUAUUGUUUUCUGGCAGCAUUUCCUUCGUUCCGAUCUGCAAGCAGCCUCGGCCGUGUUUAUGUCAGCGCCAAAUCGGUCCGCUAUUCUAGCGAAUAGGAAUACCACCGACGAAACAAAUCAGAGGAGACCGCAAAACAAGUACAUAGCGCCCCUUUGACUUUGAGACGCCUUGUCCUUUAGAUUCUGCUAAUUUUGGGCGCAUAAAAAAGGGCUCCGAAAAAGCGCAGACUGCUGGAAGAAAACAAACGCCCCGCAUCGGAGGGGCACCAUUCUGGCCCCGUUUGAAGACCGCAAAAGCGGCGCCCCAAGAAGUCGACCAUUUGUAUCAUGUAAUGCUGCGAGCUGCGCAAAGCAUAGCAUGCGCAUGUGGCUAAGAGCACAAAAGUAAGGAAUCAAUUAGAACACCAAUACCCGCAAGAACCUGACGAAUGCUAAGCACUCCGCAUGCUAUGCAGCCCGAUUUCUCGCUUCCAAAGGGACGGCCCAGGUGGGGCCAUAGAAUCCGGGGAGGGCAGCUUUUUAGUUCUCUUUCGAACCGGAACCACAAGCGAGCCAAAAGCGAAAUGAAAAAGCUUGCGGCUUUUUUAUAUAUUAAUUCUUCGCUUCUUCAUCGACCGCCACGCGGGCCGCCGGGAACAUCCAGUAAGAUGGUAUGACGAGCGCAAAAGGGCGGACGUCUACUUUGGCCCGUGAGGCGCAACGCCGCAAGCGCCGGAACAAAAAAAACACGCUCUGAAAUCGUUACCACCUGAGAGGGAAAAGUGGAGGUGGCUUAGCAAAAAAAAGGCGUACAGCAAGAGCAGGGGGGAUUGUUUUUGUUAUGCUUAUGCCCUUGCUUUCUGAUUGUGCUUUACGCGCGCAGAAUCUGAAAGGGCUGGGGGCCUGGUUUCUUUGUUGAUGCGUGACCACUUCAUCUUGAGGCGGGGCACUUCGUUCAAUUUUGGAUAGCAAGAUGAACAGGCGGUUUCGGCGUCGCAGCUGCAGGACCAAGAUAAGAAUGUUGCGGCUUUCGAUUGUUUCGAUGGCCUCUCUUGCAACUUUACACUUGACUACGAGCAGACGCAACGCUGCUCCGAACUGGAGCAAAUCCCAUUCGUGCCCGGUGUCGGACAGGCAUGUCGGCUAACGCAGACUGUUUCCAGAUUGCUGGAACUACGAAAGACGCGAAAUAUAAAACAGCGUCAGCAAGCUUGUAGUUCUGCUCCUGCCACGAUGAAGGCAACAGCUGCGGGAUCGUGCCAAGCGGCAUCAUCUAUGUGGACGAGACACUUCGUGAUCAUCGACUAUAAGGAAUUUGUAUGCCUGGCGGAGGAUCUGACGACUAGCAUCGACGUGCGCGCAGGGCUGCAAACGGCGUUGCCUUUGGACAUCGGAAGCGUUACUUUCGAAGACGACUCGUUGCCGGUGAGCACCACAAUAAGGUUUUGGGACCGUUUUUUCCACAGAUGGUCCCGUUCCGGGAAGCCCUGGAGCUUCAGUGCGAGCAUUGAUCCGUUUGUGGCGCAGGCCUGUCUCAACCUGCUACUGUUUGUGGAUUGGUGCCUGCGGUUCAGUGAGAAGAAAAAUGUGCCGGCGCAGUUUCGGCAAUGCCUGGCAUCAGACGACUUGGACAAUCCUUUAGUUGCACGGGUACGCAACAUGUGCAUCAAACGUGGAGAAAAGGCUCGUCAAGUAGAGACUUCGCCGUCGCAGCACCAUCAGCAAAGAAAUGCGCAGGGAAAGAGCGCAGCACAUGCACAGACGAAUGUAAAAGUAGCUGCGGCAGAACACCAGCUUGUCACGGGGAUCGCAACGGAAGGGAUCGGCAGCUCCACAUCAUCCGCGACAUCGCCGACCGCGACCUCCACUGCGGAUUCCAACCAGGGGUAUGAGAACAAUCUCACAGACAGAGCAAGCUCAGGCACCUCCAAGCGCAGAAAAACCUCACUAGUGUCGUCCGGCGAAAAACAAGGCUCUGACUGCUUACUGCAACAGGCGGAUGGACAAGAUAGAGAUACAGAUUUGCAGGAGGACGACCUCCAACACGAGGCGCAUAAUGAGCAGCGUGACAAAAGGGAGCAAGAUGUUGAAGACGCUGAUGCAGUCGCUGCAAUGAAUGCGAUUCGCGAAGGUUUUCGACGCUACGUGGAAAGUCUUGACAAGUAUUCCACGAGCGCUAGUAUGAAUCGUCCAUUCCUUGUUUCUGAAGAACGUGCGCCAGGAGAUAGCGAGACGAGCAACGGCACCAUUCAGAAAGAUCCGCGUCCGCGGCUUCUCGAUGCUUGCUGUGGCUCCGGGACUAUCACUGCAGUUGCAUCUGCUUCGGGUCGAUUUAGCCAAAUUAUUUCCUGCGACAAAAGCCCGGAAUUUCUGGACCGCGCUGCGAAAAAUCUGGAUUUUGUCGCAGCGGAUUCUUCUCUGCAGCGAAGCGCUCAGUGUGGUGCAGGAGCCACAGCCACCGGUACGACGAGUGCAGGAGCACAAUCCGUGCUACUGGCCAUGCGCACGAAAGUUCAUUUCGUCGAAAAUGAUUGGAUUGCAGAUGCAGAGCAUGAUGCGGAGAGCGGGGACAAGGAAACCGAAAGGCAAACAAGACAAAAUGCGGACGCAUCUUCAAUGAACAACGCAACACAACGCGAUCAAUUGCGAGGAGUCGCAUCGACAGGAACGCUGGGUAGAAAGCUUAGGCAAAAGAACGACGUUUUUCUGCCGUCAAAGCGACUAGGAACGGCAAGUGGUGACGCAGAAAAUGGCUUCACGACACAAAGCACACCCCUAGUCGUGAUGGCGAAUACCCCAUGGGGUCGGCGGUUCGGUGGAGAAGGUGAUGCGUGUGGGGUCCUAGAGGGGGUAAUUCGGCAAUGCGAAUCUAAUGCGGACCUAUUCGGCUUUCUUGUCCCUCCCCGGUCAUUGGAGAGUGCGAAAAAGCUUCUCGACAUUCAUCUUUGCGUGCCGCUCGGCAAGCCCGCGCUUUUUCUAAUCGGAACGGUAAAUAAAAAGAGAAAAACCACGAUGAGUCAAUGAAUUGUGAAACGUAGACCGUACCGUUGAUGACCUACAAUUGGAAAAAAGCCGUCCGCAUGGAAGGAAAUAAAGAGGCACGGGCACUAGAAAACGAAGAUUGAAUUUAAAAUGAAUUUGAAAAAUGCCAAUAGUUGAUACGUUCAGGCUAAUGCAGCUGCGUAAUGCAACAUUCUUAAUGGGAUUAGAAGGAGGAAGAAGAACCAGA